AUGGAGAAACUCUCAGCUACCAGUGUGGUGCGAGUCUUAAUACAAAAACCAUCCAUAGAAAAAUGCAGUGUGUGUAUUCAAGAGAACAUCACUAAAAAAGCAGUGUGUAUUAAUAAGUAUUUUAGCUGCUCAAGAGACUGGCUUCUACACCGAGAUAAAUGCAUACAUUUUUCUCAAGACAGCCACAUUUGGAAGAGAGGUCUAGCUGACUGUGCUACAAAAGGAGCCACUUUUCUGCUCAUUCGAGACCAAGAGGAACUGAGCUUCAUAAAGGACUCAGCAAAUGCAAAAGGCACUACAUUUUGGCUUGGACUAUAUUACACGUUGCGGGACAAGAAAUGGAAGUGGGUAAACGGCUCAACUUUAAGUUCUCAUGGGUUACAAAUCACUGGUGAAGCUAAAAAAGACAGCUGUGCCGCCGUCUCAAAGAAUAAAGUGUUCUCUGAUGCCUGUGCUUCACACAACAUGUGGAUCUGCCAAAAGGAACCAAAACUGGUCUCUGAGACCGUGUGUAAUGACUCCUGACUGCGAAUCCUGUCUUCAUUACUUCCCCAUCCAACCAGAUCCCUGCACUCAAUCUGUCUGAGCUGUUGGUCACCCCUCCCCUCAGGGCACAGUUAGUGGCACAAAGCCUGGACUCGAAAGCCACUGUGACUCCUACAGAUGCCCGUGUCCAGUUUCUUUAUUCUGUAAAGGGGACAGAGAUGCAGAUGUGACAUUUAAGCGAAGUGUUCUGUGGAAAGAAAUCCAGACAGUU